AUGAGGAUCGCAGUGGACACCGACAACAACCGCGAUGCGACGAUCAUCACCAAGGCGCCCUGGGAAUUCCAAGUGGCGGAGAACCUCUUUUGCACCUUCUUUACUCUGGAGUGGCUGGUGCGAUUGUUCGCGUUCCGGCGGAAGAUCAUGGCUCUCACCGAUGCAUGGUUUGUCCUGGACACCUUGCUGGUGUCCUUGAUGAUCGUAGAGACAUGGAUUACGCCCUUAGUGCUCGAACUCUUGCAGAUAGACAGCGAUGGCAUGGGGGACGCUACGAUCCUGCGGCUGGUUCGACUGCUUCGCUUAGCUCGUAUGACCCGAGUGGCCAAGCUGCUGAGAGCCUUUCCGGAGGUGCUCAUCAUGAUUAAAGGCAUCAGUGCAGCGAGUCGAUCGGUGAUGUUUACCAUUUGUUUGCUCAUCUUAGUACUUUAUGUCUUUGGCAUCGCCUUCACCCAGAUUUGCGAUGGCCUGCCUAUAGGAGGCACCUCAUUUCGUUCCGUCCCGGAGUCGAUGUUGACUCUGCUGAUCCACGGAGUGUUCAUGGAUGAUAUGGCAGAACUGGUGGCCUUGAUCCGAGCGGACAGCUGGGCUGCUUUCGUGAUGUUUAUCAUCUUCGUCCUGAUCGCGUCGAUCACGCUGAUGAACAUGCUCAUCGGAGUGCUGUGUGAGGUGGUCUCCAUGGUCGGACAAUCCGAGCGCGAAGAACUCCUCGUGGAGCUGGUGAAGCGGGAGCUUUUGGAUAUCAUUAUCGAGGCUGACGAGGAUGGCGACGGCCUUAUGUCGCAUGCAGAAUUCUUGAAGAUUUUGGAAAGCCCAGAAGGUCUUCGAGCUUUAGAGACAGUGGGUGUUGAUCCUGUGGGCCUCAUCGACUAUGCCGACACCAUCUUCACCAAGGAAGAUGGCGAUUUGAGUGAGACUGUUAUGUUCUCCCACUUCAUGAAUGAAGUCCUGCAACUCCGUGGCUCCAACACCGCCACCGUCAAGGACCUUAUUGCCAUGCGGAAGUUCGUGGAAAAGGGCAACAAGGAAGUGCGGAAGGACCUGAGCGCCGUGACAGAAAAGCUCCACCAGCUGGCAGAGGUCGUUCAGGAAAUCAAGAGCCCCACGGAGGGGAAGCUCGUGGAAGGCAGUGUGCCCGAAGCGGCCACGCCUACUGCCACGCCCUUGCGGGGUCUUGCAGCAGAGGCAGUGUCGAAAGUGCCAGAGCUCCACGUGCCACCAGAGCUUGUGGUGGUGCAGCAGCGGGGUCGCAGCUAG